AAGUGGAAGUGGGCUUCCAGGGGACAGGCAGUCCAGGGCUGCUCGCUGAAACUCCACCACCUCUCGGUCUGUCCAUCUCAGAGCUGACUAAUAACCACUUGAGCAUGAAGAAGAGAAGCGAGGAGAUGAUGUAAUGGCACUGUGGCUCAGGAGAAAAGCCGUCUUUUGUGUCGUCCGUGCAAUGGUGUGAAAAAAGCCGCCCUCCUCUUUCCCUUCCCCGGCAAACCCCCAAAAAACACAGCCGAGUCUGCUGGAAGUAGGCCGAAGUGAUCUUACUGCUUGGCAAACACACACCCCAUUACCACAUCCAUACUCUCUCAGACAUGCACACAUACGCAUAGUGCACAGAGCAGACGGGGGGGGGGGUUCUGGUUUGGUGUUUUUUUUUUUUUAAGUUCAUAAAGAAAACCCGCUCUCCAUCCAUCUGAUUUUUUUAAACUCCUCUUUUCCUUGCUUUCACUUUUUCACUCUCGCUUUAUUUUUUCAAACUCGCCAGCCAAACGCUAAAAGGGUGACAUCAUCGGCUGCCACUACAAUGGGGUCGUUCUUCUGCUGAAGGCCCUCGCGGGCUACGUCAUCGCACCACAGGAAGAGAGGAGGUAACACUCGGACACAUGGAUAAAGAGGUCAUGGAUAUGGUAGAGCAUGCUGGGACAAGAGCUCUGGCCUCAGUGAGACUAAUCGGGCCUGAAGGCCUCGUGGCCCUGCUGGAGGGUGGACUGGACCGAGUGCUUCUGAUCGACAGCAGGCCCUUCGUGGAUUAUAACACCUCCCACAUCCUCGAGGCAGUCAACGUCAACUGCUCCAAGCUGAUGAAGAGGAGGCUGCAGCAGGACAAGGUGCAGAUCGCUGAGCUUCUGCAGCAUUCGGCCAAGAAGAAGUUGGAACUGCAGAAUCAGGAAGUGGUGGUCUAUGACCAGAGCUCGUCUGACCCCUCCUCCCUGUCAUCAGAGGCCUUCCUGAGCGUCCUAUUGGCCAAACUCGCGAGGAGUUUCCCGUCCGUGCACCUGCUCUCAGGUGGGUUCGUGGAGUUCUCUAACCUCUUCCCGGGUCUGUGUGAGGGAAAGUGUAUGCUGGUGCCGUCCUGUAUCUCACAGCCAUGUCUUCCCAUCAACAGCAGCGGCCCGACACGCAUCCUGCCUCAUCUUUAUCUGGGCUGUCAGAGAGAUGUGCUGAACAGGGAUCUGAUGCAGCAGAACGACAUCGCGUAUGUCCUCAAUGCCAGUAACACAUGCCCCAAACCUGACUUCAUUCCCGAGUCGCACUUCCUGCGUGUACCCGUCAAUGACAGCUUUUGCGAGAAGAUCCUGCCAUGGCUGGACAAAUCUGUGGAGUUCAUAGAAAAGGCGAAAGCUUGUAAUGCCAGAGUUCUAGUCCACUGCCUGGCAGGAAUUUCCCGAUCAGCCACCAUCGCCAUUGCCUACAUCAUGAAGAGGAUGGACAUGUCCUUAGAUGAGGCAUACAGGUUUGUAAAAGAGAAGAGGCCGACCAUCUCGCCCAACUUUAACUUCCUGGGCCAACUGCUUGAUUUUGAGAAGAAAAUCAAGAGCCCUAGUGAAGUGGCAGCUAAGAGUAAGGCAGUACAGGCAGAACUGGCUGACAAACCAAGCCCUGGGCAAGAGAACGAGUGCUGCGCCCCGUGCUCAUCCAGCGGGGUCGGAGUGGAAAGAUCUGCCCUGGCGCCACUAGAGCCUUUGACGCUGCCGUGUGUUCUGGCUGGGGUUCCUGAGGAGCAGCUUCUGGCUCAGGCACUGUGCAGCCUGCAGCUAAGUGAAGAAAUGGAGGACAGCAUGCGCAUGAAGCGCUCCUUCUCUCUGGACAUCAAGUCGUAUGGAGAGCCGAGCGUCGGAGCUCCUUCUUUACGUACGUUUGGCGGUGGAGAGAGCCCAGACUACUACAAACCAUCCUCAUUUAAAGAUCCGUCAGUUAAGCCUUGCCAGUUCUCCCCUGUGGAAGAGGUUUCAGAGCAGUCCACUCCUGAACAGAGUCCGGACAAAGAGCAAGCCGAAGGUCCCACAACCAACAGCAACUCCACCAAAUCCAGUCACUCCAGCAAACCCAAUCAAUCCACGAAGCCCCAGUCUGCGGCCUUGAAGCCCCCUCCUCCACCUGCCUGCCCCCAGCCGCUGCAAAGGAGCGGUAGCAUGGAGGAGACCGCGAGUGCUGCCAGCUUUCUGCUUGGCCUGUCACGCUCGCAGCAGCAGUUGGCCAAAACUGGGUUAGGCGCACUAAAAGGCUGGCACUCCGACAUCCUUCUGGCGCCCGUCACCGGUGGCUGGUACCUCUCGUCCGAGUCAGCACGGUUCUACUCCACCUCAGCCAUUUUCAGCAGCGGAGGCAGCGGAGGAGCUGGAGGCGCACAAAACAGUUUCACGGCGACAUACAGCUGCAGUCAGGGUUUGGAGGCAGUGAGGAGGCGCAGCAGACAGAGGAGCAGCGAACGCGGAGACUCGCGCCGUAGUUGGCACGAAGAGAGCAGCUUCGAGAAGCAACUGAAGCGGCGUAGCUGCCAGAUGGAAUUCGGUGACGGCAUGACCGAGAGCCGCUCCAGAGAGGACCUAGGGAAAGUAGGCAGCCAGUCCAGCUUCUCUGGGAGCAUGGAGGUCAUUGAGGUGUCCUGAAAGAAAAGAUAAUAUGUAUAAUGUGGCUGACUUUGUAAGAAGGAAGAUUUUGCGGGUUAUUUCCCAGCGCAAAAUCUUUUUCAAGUGCUUUCAUGGACAAUAAAGUAGUGGUGCUUUAUAGGCUUUUCUCCACUGACCAAGAAUAUUUUUGUAUUCAUAUAGCUGAAUUUUGCAGGUAAUAAUGUUCACUGAAUGCAGCUCCCUUUUACUGAUCAUUCAAGAGUGGACACACAAACACUUUCAGUUGAUUUUUCUUUCUUUUUUUUGGGUUUCUAUUUUAGUUUUGUUUUAGCUGAGCCUUUUUUUUUUUUGUCAGUGGAUCAGUAUUGAUUAUUUACCAUUUUCCAUCCAUGUUGUGAUUGAUCCAGUAUGUUUGUCAGACUCUAAUACUGAAUCUUGAGCCCAAAACCGAAGCACGAAUGAAGCUGAAAUGGAUUGAAGAUUUUUCUGCAUGCUCUGACAUACCACAAAGGGUGUCUACGUAGCAACUAUACAGUACCUCACGAAUCCAAAUUAAGGGCUUCUCUCUCUCUCUCUCUCUCUCUCUCUCUCUCACUCUGUUCUUUGCUUUGACUCAUGUGUAGCUUUCAAUGGUUAAAAUCUCAGGUCUUAUUUUGAGCAGCAGGAGAAGACAUUUAUCAAGAAGUCCCUUUUGCUUUGAAUCAUGGCAUUAAGAUUUAAAUGCCUGUAACAAGAUUUUUCUCCGAUGUCAGAUGAUCUACAAUCAUCUCUUCACGUCAGAACACAAAGAUUAAAAGCGUAUGUACGUUAGCUGAAUGAAGUGUGGGAGUUCAGGUAUUAGAAGUAGAGGUGGAGCUGGAAAAGGCCAAGUGUUAUGGCUUGUUGUGUAAAUGGUGGGUUGAUUAAGCAAGUGCUGGGGAAGGGGAAGAGGCUGGAACUCUCGUUCAAAAGGCGCAACUCGAUCUCGCCUGAGAUCAGAGCGGAUUAUUGUCCUCUCAAACAAACGUCUUUUUGAGGAUCAAAAACAAACACCUUUUCAAGUUGCAUUCGGAGCUACUCUGCAGUGGAAAACGUCGCACCAUAACGAUUGGACAUCACAAAAAUGUCAUUUGGUGUCAUGGUAUGGCAUCAUUGUCAGUCUGCUACACUGCAGAAGGUGCUCUGACCGUGAGCCAACUCGACAGAUUUGUACUAUUGAUUCAGUCUGGAACACAAAGCAGGCUUUAUCGAACAGGAAAAGCAUAUAAAUGCCGAAAAAGGCGAAAGCCAGACAAGAGUCUAAAAGAUUUGGUUUGCUCUUGCUGUAUUCCAACACACAUUUUCAAUAUCGUAAAGGGUUGCUAGUAAAAUUAGGCAUCUGGUUUAGCAUCAAAAUAUGCAACAGAAGUUGUUCCCAUAACCGAUAAACAAGUUCAGUCAGAUUAAAUUAGCGUUUAUUUUAACACAUUUAAAUCCACACAAGUGUAAAAGAUCAUCUCGGAUAAUAUACCACGUUAUCAAGCCUCAGUCCUACAUUUGAUUAAACACCAUAUCAAAUGUUUGUGGGUCACACAGAUGUUCAGUGUGAAACAUCUGUUUGUCACAUGCAACUCAAACUCAAGUGGCUUUUACAAGUGUUGGGUCACAUGUUUAGUUUUCAAAAAGCAUCACCACGAAAUGAUCACGGUUCAUCCUAAUGGUUUUGCCAGUUCGGAUCUUAUUAACUUUCCGACGCUUUUCAGAAACUAGACCAAGUAUACACUAUGGCCAAAAGUAUGUGAACACCAGCCCAUCACACCAAUCUGUGGUUCUUCCCCAAACUGUUGUCACAAAGUUGGAAGCACAGAAUUGUAUAGAAUGUCUUUGUAUGCUGUAGUGUUACACUUUCCCUUUACUGGAACUAAAAGCUGUUCCAGCAUCACAAUGAUCCUGUCCACAAAGCGAACACCAGGAAGACGUAGCGUACCAAAGUUGGAGUGGAAGAACUUGAGCAUUCUGUACAAAACCCUGACUGAACUCAACUCCACUGAACACCUUUGGGAUGAACUGAAACACUGGCUGAACCCCAGACCGUCUGAUUCAACACCAAAUCCUAACAGUUACACUCCAAAAUCUAGUGGAUGAAGAAGAAGAACCUUUACUUGGUCACAUGUACACUCAAGCACAGUGAAAUUCCUCCUCUGCAUUCAACCCAUCUGAAGCAGUGAACACACACACACACACAGAGCAGUAGGGAGCAGUUGGGGGUUAGGUGCCUUGCUCAAGAGCACUUCAGCCAUGAUACAGAGGGAGGAGGAAGUGCUGUUCAUUCACUCAAUGUUUCCUGCCAAUCCCAGGAAUCAAACCAGCAACCCUUUGGGCCCAAGGCUGCUUCUCUAAACUUCAGGCCAUGGCUGCCCCCAUGGUACUUCAGGUAAAACCUUCCCAGAAGAAGGUUAUUAUAACAGUAAAGUGAGGCUAAAGCUGGAAUGGGAUAUUCAACAAGCACAUAUACUAUAUUGCCAAAAGUAUUUGCUCACCCAUCCAAAUUAUCGGAAUCAGGUGUUGCAAUCACUUCCAUGGCCACAGGUGUAUAAAAUCAAGCACCUAGGCAUGCAGACUGUUUUUACAGUUUGGAGCUGGCCCCUUCCUCUUCCAACAUGACUGUGCACCAGUGCACAAAGCAAGGUCCAGAAAGACAUGGAUGACAGAGCCUGGUGUGGAUGAACUUGACUGGCCUGCACAGAGUCCUGACCUCAACCCGAUAGAACACCUUUGGGAUGAAUUAGAGCGGAGACUGAGAGCCAGGCCUUCUCGCCCAACAUCAGUGUGUGACCUCACAAAUGCGCUUCUGGAAGAAUGGUCAAAAAUUCCCAUAAACACACUCCUAAACCUUGUGGACAGCCUUCCCAGAAGAGUUGAAGCUGUUCUAGCUGCAAAGGGUGGACCGACGUCAUAUUGGAUUAGGAAUGGGAUGUCACUUAAGCUCAUAUGUGAGUCAAGGCAGGUGAGCAAAUACUUUUGGCAAUAUAGUGUAUGACUGAUGGAUAGGUGUCCACAAACUUUUGGCUGUAUAGUGUAUUUUGCUCAUCCAUCACCCGAUAUAGAAAAUGCAGACUAUAGUAGGACAUCUGGUUGACUACACGGCCAUCAUCAUCAGUACCAUAAUCAACGGACUGUGACUAAAUUCAAAAUCAUCCUUAUUUGCUUAUAAAUUCUUCUAUUUCCCAGCUCCAUAACGAUAACGUACAGAAGUAUUAAAGGUCUGUCAGUAUUGUAGACUGUAAAUGGGUUCGAGCUUGGCCUCUUCUCAUACCUUUAAAAGAGUGAACAAAAUAAUCCAGGACAGUAUUCCUGGCUCUUCAGGUAUUUAAGCUUUUAAUUUAUCCCUUUACUUGUCUCGCCCUCAUCAACCGCAAAACAAUGCCCCGCUUGAUCGUUACCACUCAAUUACAGAUUUGCUUUGGUGCUAAUCUCCGUCUCAUGUUGCUCAUGGGGUCUUCUAUCCAGGAAUGUAUUCAGGACAGUGCCAUCUAGACCUCUCUGUACAUUCAGUCGCCUAAUGAGCCAGAACUUUGCAGCUCAAAGUGGAAUUUUGUGUUUCCCUCCUUUCUCCAGGUGUUUUUUUUUUUUAAACAGGACACAGGUGAUGAAAACAGUGGCUUAUUCGAUUUGAAAGCUUCCCUAAAGCUGUGAAGAUACUUCUGUAAAUAAGUGCAUUCUUUGUCAAUAAUCAGUGAUAAAUAAUGUUUUUUAAUCCUCCAAUGAAAAUGUAAGAAUCAGCAGGUUUACUGCAGACUGGCUUUUUCGAUUGAACUGUUUCGCCUCUUAAACAGAAGUGUUUGACCAUCUACCUACUGCUUCUUUGAAAAGACUGAGCUUCACGUACAAGAUGGACAGCAAGCCUCGAAGCCGAGCCAAGUAAAAAUUCCUGGAGGUAAAUCUUUGUGGCCAAAUUACAGUACAUAUAUAUUUUUUUCCUGACUGAAUGACUGCAUUAUGAUCACUCGUAUGUAACAGAGAAGCACAGAGGAGAUGGUACAAGUGUGUGAUGUGUGUAAAUGGCCUGUGGAGAUGCUUGAGAGUUUGAUACGAUGUGCCUUUUCCUUCCACCGUAUGCAGUUUUACAAGUUCUUUGAUGAUGGUGGUUAUUAGUUGUAUGUUUGACAGUUGAAAUAAACCUAAACCGGUACUCAACA